CUGUUUUUCGGUCACGUGCCCCUACUGCGCCGCGUCAUGUGAUCGUAGGCGUGACAGAAAAACCCGGAAACAAACUUCUGCUGUAAGAAGUCUCGAUAGAUCACCAACAUGUCUUACUACCCAGGAGUCCCGGAGGAGCCCAACGCCUUAGUUUACAACAUCAGCUCCAAUAUCCAGAAGCUCACACAGCUAACCACUGAGCUGCAGAGGGCAGUGUCUCUGCUGGAAACAGAGCAGGAUAGCAACCAGCUACGACAGACAUUAACACAGAAACAGCAGCAGGGCAACCACUUAGCCAAAGAAAUUGAGCGACUCCUCAAGACAUUCAGUGGACUUCCUGUCAGCACCGAUCAGCGACAGAGAAAACUCCAGAAAGAUCGUCUCUUGAAUGAUUUCUCAGCCGCCUUAAACAACUUUCAAAAGACCCAGCGGCAGGCGGCUGACAAGGAGAGAGAGUUUGUGGCCAGAGUCAGAGCCAGCUCCAGGGUAUCUGCUGGAGGCCAGGCUGAGGACAGCUUUGGAAAUGUGUCUCCAUUUGCAGAUGAUUCCCAGAUGCAGGCUCAGGAAGAGGCCAUCACUGAAGAAGACCUGAGGCUGAUCCAAGAGAGAGAGUCGGCCAUCAGACAGUUGGAGUCGGACAUUGUAGAUAUCAAUGACAUAUUCAAGGACCUGGGGAUGUUGGUGCACGAACAGGGAGACAUGAUAGACAGUAUAGAAGCCAACGUGGAGAGUGCAGACGUCAAUGUCCAGAGCGCAACACAGCAACUUGCACGAGCUGCUGAAUACCAGAGGAGUUCACGGAAGAAGAUGUGCAUCGUGAUGAUAGUGUUGGCUGUGUUGGCUACUGUUAUUGGACUUAUCAUCUGGGGAGCCACCAAAAACUAAGACCUAGUCCUGUUCCUCCUCAGACAUCAGCCUGGACUAAGAAUGAAGUGCCGACCUUCCUCUCCUGUGCUCCUCCUCCUGCUCCUCUGUUUUUUAUUAAACGGCCUGUCUGUCUGACCUCACGCUCCUUUACUGUAAAAUGAAGCUAGCGUAGUUUGCUUUCUGGCUUUAACUGGCGGUAAUUGAAUGAAGUGAAAUAUUUCGUUUGAUUUCCUCUUAUGGUCACACAUAUGGUCAUUUUGGCUGAAAAUUGUUUGUGUGCUGCCUAAAUAUUGUUGAGAAUGUUUUCACUGAGCAGUGAGAAUAUUCCAAAACAUUUCUUUGGCUGUUUUCUCCUUGGAUAUAUCUUAUAUAUAUAUAUAGUAGGAUAACUUGUGAAAUGCAUAUUUACUGUUUAUACAUGACCAACAUGUAUAGCCAAAGUGAAAUCCUCAGUGUAAAAAUACAGAAUAUAAGUAAAUGUUGCACUUACAGAUAUAUUUACUAAAGGUUUAUAGUUGAUUAAAUGUUAUUUUUAAAUGAUAAAUCCAUUAGUACUGUACAUGUUCUUCGUAUUUCACAUCACAUUUCACUGUCAGCCAAUCAUGUUCCAAACCUGAUUUACUACACUACAACUUUGUUUGCCAAAAACACCUUAAAUGCCCUUUUCCUUUGCAAUAAUUGCUUUAGCUACAACAUGAGUGCUUCCUUUAGAUCACUCUGAAUUAAAACCAACCCACAAUUGAUUGUAUUUUUUUUAAAUUGUCUUACGAUCAAAAGCAACUAGUGCAAAAAAGAAGAAGACAAGUUGUAGAGAAGGUGAAAGGUGACAUUACUGCCACAAAUGAUGGUCCAGAUGUGUAGAUACUGAUGUGACUGUAUCCUGAAUGAAUCAGAAAUGGAAACAUGUUGAAAAAGGAUUGGUUGAUUAUCAUACUAUUAUAUUCCUCAAUAAAAUGAUUGAGUGUAA